AUGGACAGAAGAGCCCGCGGAACGAUCUUCUGGCCGGGUUUGAGAGCAGAACUGAAAGAGACCACGAAAAAAUGUGUACAGUGUGAGGACAGAAAACCUCCCACUCAACAGGAAAAGUUGAAACAACAUAGUGAUGGACUACGACCUUGGGACAAGGUCGGAUCGGACUUGUUCCAAAUACAGAACAGAUUAUAUCUCGUCGUCGUAGACUACCACUCAAGCUUCAUCGAAGUGGAUUUUCUGACAGCGGCAACCACUCAGCAAGUGAUUGACAAAAUGAAGAAACACUUUGCUAGAUUCGGAAUUCCCAGAGAACUGAUAACCGACGGUGGACCCCAGUAUAUGUCCACAGAAUUCCGUAACUUUACACAGAAGUGGGGUAUAAAGCAUCACAUCAUGUCACCCCACCACUCAGCAUCAAAUGGUAAAGCUGAGAGUGCUGUGAAAGCCAUGAAGACACUGAUCAUCAAGUGCCACGAGUCGCGUACGGACCCGAUGGAGGCGAUCCUAGAGCAACGAAACACCCCUCGUGCCGACACCAAGAGGAGUCCAGCUGAGAUGAUGAUGAAUCGAAAGCUACACACCAUGGUACCUUCGGGCGUGAAAGCAGAGCCAAGUUGUGAAUCGCGAGUGAAUCGUAAGAAAUCAGUGAAAAAAUGGUUCGAUCAAAAAGCGCACGAUCAACCAAAAGUAAAAAUCGGUCAAUCAGUGUAUUUCCAUAAGCAGAGCAAAAAGCCCUGGCAGAAAGGCAUAGUUGAAAAUAUCAAUGGUGAUCGAUAUAUUGUGCGUAGUGAAGAAAGUGGGCUGUAUGCCAGAAAUUGUGUUCAUAUCCAUCCAACAAAAGUCGAAGUGCAGAUUCGCAAGCAAUCUCGGCCUCGUUAUGGCGAUAUGAAAUCUGAAACUCGUAAUCAAAGCGCCCCAAAGACGCAUGAAACUACUCGUAUGACUGCAACAUCUUCAGCAGGCAACACGACAGCAGCCUCUGAAUCAGAACCAACAGCAGCUUCGGAAUCCGGCCCGAGCAGAUACAACCUAAGGCCCCGCGGAAACAUUCAAAGACCCCAGUGUCUUGAGGGUUUUGUGUGA